CUGCACUCUGCAAGUAUGGCUUUGCUGAAAGUCAAAUUUGACCAGAAGAAGCGGGUCAAGUUGGCCCAAGGGCUCUGGCUCAUGAACUGGCUCUCCGUGUUGGCUGGUAUCAUCAUCUUUGGCUUAGGGCUCUUCCUAAAGAUUGAACUCAGGAAGCGGAGCGACUUGAUGGACAAUUCCGAGAGCCAUUUUGUGCCCAAUUCCUUGAUAGGGAUGGGGGUGCUGUCCUGUGUCUUCAAUUCUCUGGCGGGUAAAAUCUGCUAUGACGCCUUGGACCCUGCCAAGUACGCCAAGUGGAAGCCCUGGCUGAAGCCAUACCUGGCCGUGUGUGUCCUCUUCAACACUGUCCUCUUCCUGGUGGCCCUCUGCUGCUUCCUCCUGCUGGGCUCCCUGGAGAGCACGCUGGCCCACGGGCUCAAGAAUGGCAUGAAGUUCUACCGGGACACAGACACCCCAGGCAGGUGUUUCAUGAAGAAGACCAUCGACACGCUGCAAAUUGAGUUCAAGUGCUGUGGCAACAACGGCUUUCGGGACUGGUUUGAGAUUCAGUGGAUCAGCAACCGCUAUCUGGACUUUUCCUCCAAAGAAGUCAAAGAUCGCAUCAAGAGCAACGUGGAUGGGCGGUACCUGGUGGAUGGAGUCCCCUUCAGCUGCUGCAACCCCAGCUCGCCACGGCCCUGCAUCCAGUACCAGCUCACCAAUAACUCUGCACACUACAGCUAUGACCACCAGACGGAGGAGCUCAACCUGUGGGUGCGCGGCUGCAGGGCCGCCCUGCUGAGCUACUACAGCAGCCUCAUGAAUUCCGUGGGCGCUGUGACGCUCCUCGUCUGGCUUUUUGAGGUGACCAUCACCAUCGGGCUGCGCUACUUGCACACGGCGCUGGAAGGCGUGGCCAACCCCGAAGACCCCGAGUGCGAGAGUGAGGGCUGGCUUCUGGAGAAGAGCAUUCCGGAGACCUGGAAGGCCUUUCUGGAGAGCGUGAAGAAGCUGGGCAAGGGUAACCAGGUGGAAGCCGAGGGUGUGGAUGCAGGCCAGGCCCCAGAGGCUGGCUGACGGUCGCGGGACCCCCUCCCCUCUGAGCACUGAGAAGUAGUGGAUUCCAGGAAACGCGGAUACCCCCCCGAUCCAGUCUGAAUCUCGCAAGGAGGGUGGCCGUCUCACAGAGACUCUUCUGGAUGGUGGGAUUUAAAAUUCAGGGUCCCUAAAAACUUCCAUUGAAUGACUGUCCAAAGUGUGAGUGAAUGAGUCCCACUUAGGCUCACUGCCCUAGGAUGCACCCUCAUGGUGGACUCAGGGGGGCCUCUCAGUGGAUGACUCCUCAUGGCACAGGAAUUCAGUUCCACCCUGAGGCUACUGGCUACACCUGAGGGCUGCUCCCUUUUUAUAAGUUGGCUGUUACG